GCGGGCGGAGCGAGGCGCGGAGGGGAAGGCGCUGAGGGGAAGGCACCGCCCGCCGCCCCGCGCCGCCCCGGAGCAGGAAGCGGGGGAUGGCGGCCCCUGACCCCGGCGCGGCACGGAAGAGCUUGCGGGGAAGGGACGGAGAUGGGAUGAGAAGAGAUAAGUGUCCUGCACUGCAAAUGGCCUCCCGUUUGGCAUUUACUGGCUGCUAGCCCAGAAUCAUCUUUGGUGGAAGAAGAAGGUUGAUGACACUAAGAUGUUUGACAGAAUGAAACGAUCUGAUGAAGCUUCUGCUUCUUCAGCACAAGGAAUAGAAAGACAUGGUGUUGAAGGUUCGCUACAACAGGACAGCAAUAGCAGUUUGCAUACAAGAGGGCAAGAAAAUCCUCGUCCUGGAGUAUCCACCAUGCAAAAUAGACAAGGAUACUGCAACUGCUGCCACGUACACUACAGUAAUCUGGAACAGCAUAUUUUCAGCUCCCAGCACAGACAUUUUACUACUUACUGCAGGAAUCGUAUGGGUACCAGUAGCUUGAUGGAGCGUUUCCUGCAAGAUGUUUUGCAGCAUCAUCCCCACCGAUACCAUGACAACAGGCCAACCUAUGAUGACAUGCCACUCCAAGUCACUCCAGCAUCUCCUAGGAUUGCUUGCCUGUCUUCAGAAGAGACGGAGAAAGAGAAGAAUAGAGGCAUACAGGAGAUUUCCUGCAAAGACCAGGAGUCCAUUGAUGACAUGUGCUCUUCUGCUCCAUGUCUGUCUCAUGAGGGCUCAAGGGAAACUUCUGUAACACAAACACGUACUCAGAAAUUAAAAACUGAGAAGGAACGUGUUAUAGGAAUAUCCCAGCAGUCUACUGGCAUUUGUAGCAAUGAGAAAUGGGAUGGCCUGAAAGACGCUCAGACUGCAAAUCGUAGCCAUGAAGACCAGUUUACAGCUGUGAGCUCCAUACCUCAGCAUUUUUCUGUCAAUCCUUUAAUACAUAGUUCUUCUGUUAAUCCUAAAAUAGAAAAAAAUGUUAAGAAUUUGUCAUCAUCAAGUAAGAUUCCACAUAGUGGAUGUGAUAAAACAGGAAUGGAGAUAGGCAAUAGGGAUGUGUUAUUGAAACCAUGCUUGAAUCCUGCUCUGGCUCUGGCUCACCCCAAAUACCCUUCAGUUUCACAACAGAAUCCCAUGUAUGGGCACGGGGAUUCUUUACAUAUUACCUCAGGUCAAUCUCUUCUAAAACAAGAUGGUUUACAAACUCAGGAUGAAACUUUGGUGUCUGAUUUCCAUCUCAGGGAUACUGUGGGUAUUAACAGCUCCCUAGAUCUUGGGACUUCCCCACAACUAGCAAGAUGUGAAAAUGUGAAGACAAACAGGGGUGAUGAAAGUUCAGUGGAUGAAACUAUUGAAAACGUUAUUCUGAAGUACUGCCAUGGAACCACGUAUGAAGAACUUCAUUUCAAAGAGGAGAACAAUCUCUGUUUAACUGUUUCAUCGCUUCUGGAUCGUACUCAUUUAGAGGGUUCUGAAAUGAGUUUUGACUGUGAUGCACCUAUUCAAUCAGGAACAGACUUACCCAAGGCAGCUGUAAAAGACAUAGAGUUGCUAAAAGAGGUCCAAAUAAGUUUGCAAGAUAAAGACUACGGAACACAGCUCUCUUCUGUUUUAAAAAGUGAGUCAUUGCAGCAAACAGAAACAGUGAAACGGGAUGUAGUAGCUCAUACUGAAGAACCAGUUCUUCCAGCUCUGCCUCAUGUGCCUCCUUCUUUUGUGGGAAAGACUUGGUCUCAAAUAAUGUAUGAAGAUGAUAUAAAAAUUGAAGAACUUGUGCGUGAUUUCAGGGAAGGUCGUUUUCGCUGCUACUUUGACAGUGAAUCCUCAGCCAACUUUACGGGGAGGAGAAUGAAGAAAAAAAAGCAGAAAGAUGAGAAAAAGAAUGAUACUGCUGAGGGUAACAGAACAGAAAGUGCAUCAGUUAAAGCACUGCCAGAAUUUAAUGAUGCUUUAAGUGGUGGCUCUGAUUUUGAUAACCAAUCUGUAGUUUCAGAUAUGCUAUGCAACCAACAAGUUAUUAAAAUGCCUAGGAAAAGGACAUGGCGCCUAGCUUCAAGAUGCCAGGUGGUUAAAGUUAGCCAUGGCACACAAACAAGUCUAUUGAAUUACCCUGUAACAAAAAGAAAAGUGGCUAGAAGGGAGUCUGAUCAAGCUGAUCAGAAAGAAAGCACCAUGUGGCCAGAAGGUGAAAAGACUCCAAAUAUGAAAACUAGACUAUGUGCCCUUAAACUUCCCGAGUCCUAUAGCAAGAUUAUGAGUCCUGUGCAACCCAAGACAACGGUGUAUGUACUUUCAUGUCCGGAUAUUAAACAGUGUAAAGGUAAACCUGAAGACAUUCCCAAAAUGAGGAAAAAUCGUAACUCCACAGAUAGCAAGGACUCUAUAAGGUACAAAUACAAACAGUGUUCUUUGAAGUAUUAUGACCCACUGACAAAUAGAAUUCUGAAAAUGCCUCCCAAGAGUUCUGUUGGAGAAAAGGUCAAAAAGCCCUCCCAUGUUAGACAGCUUUUCAGAAGUCUCAGCUUUGAUGCAAACAUGAGGAAACGAGCCGAUGCACAGAGGGAAGGCACACCAUCAAAGUCUUUGAAUUGGUCAGACCUCUAUAGCUCAUCUUCAGCAACUCUUCUGCCAGACCCAGGUAAAGGGAACGAUACAGCAUCAAGUCAAAAAGCAGAUGGAUCUUCCAUGAUUUCUGUGGAAAGAACAGAUUGUCUUGUAUCUGGUCACUCUGAGAACUCUUCGAAACACCUGUCCAUUUCAGCUUUGAACUCUAACCAGUCUGUGGUAGAAGGAGACAGUAGAUUAGCUCCUUUGAACAGCAGAGUUACCAAAACUCCUCUGACUUCCAUCAGGAGUGAGCGAUUAGAGAGGGAGAAUCCAAAAGCAAUGUGGAAGAGAAAAGAAGGCACUAGUAUAGAACCACUUUUUUCCAAAAAGGCUGCAGGAGCUAUGUCUGUCAGAUGCACUGUUGGGAGGAGAGGAAACAGAGUAAACACGGGCAAACAAACUUCCAGAACUAUAAAACAGCAAAAAGAGGGAAUGAGAAGGAAACUUUCUCCUUGUGCCCAGAAAUCUUCUGCUUUCUCCAUACACAGGUGCCAGACAAGGAAAACUACAGUGGGAAAGCACCUUAAGAAAGAAAAGCCUGAUGCUAAAAAAUUAAAGGUGAGGAGGAAACCAAAAAGGACUUUUCUGAAUUCAACAGUCGUCACAGGGAUUCCUGAAAAGGGGCAGAAAGUCUCGCCAGGAUCUUUUCCUAAAAAGCCAGAGAGCUUCUUCCAAAGUCAGAAGCUGGGAACCAGCACCUGGAAAAGAAGGGAACAAAAGGAGGUCAUAGACAAAGCAGUUGAAGUGUUAGAGCUGCAGAAAGUGCAAAGCCAGUCUAAUGUGAAACAGGUACAACUUUAAACUGAGUUCUUGUUCCUGAUAUAUGGGACAUUAUAUAUGGGGCAUAUAUUGCACUGUAUUACUGUGUAAAGCUGCAGAAGUUGUGCAUUUGAGUUAAAAGCACUUAAAACCCUAUUUACUAGACUUCACUUGUGCAUCAAAACAACUGAGCUUGAAUAGUAUCAUAUUGUUUUUAUGGUAUUAUCAGUGCGUAAUAGUGCACUACAAUAGGGUAAAUUAGAAGCUGUACUAAUUGUGCCUAUUCUCAUUUUUUCCCACAUAAUUUUAAAGUGCAAAAAAUGACUCAUGCUAAAAAAUAAUUUAAGAUAUCUUAAUCUGGGGUGAAUUCUGUGUAUGUAUUUUGUGUUUGUAUAUAAGCACACAUUGUUCAACACGUAGUAUGGUAUAUACUUGCCUAUGGAGUGGUAUUGAAAUUAAUACAGUAUGAUACAAUUCAGAUCAAUUCAGUGUUUUCUUGAAAUGAAAUACAAUUAUACUUGUUUUUAUACCAACAUUUUCUUGAAACCAUGUCCAAAUCUGUUAUUUUGGGCAACAAGACACUGUGGGCUGUUAUCAAGCAAUAAUGGACCAUGCUGGUAAGGAAAUAUGUCUCCCUUGGGUACUGUUCCAAUGGUGGUGGCUAUACUGAAACCUCAAAUUCCAAAAGAGAAUACAGGUUUAGGGUUACUUUAUUCUGCCUUUUUUUUUUUUUUUUUUAAUAGCUUAUUAUUAAAGUUUAUAGUUUAAUUUUACAUUCCUUAGUGAGGGGAUGGAAAAAUUAGAGACAAGUAGCAGUGAGUUGUUCUAACCUUAAAUUUGAGAUCCAGUGGUUUCUUUUUUUUUUUUUUUUUUGGAUUUUAAUUGGGCAUACUGUUGAUUUAAGUUUUUGUGUACUGUAGUUGAAACUACUUUUAAAUAUUCAGUAAAACAUUUAAAUAAAACAAACCUAAAGCAGCAUCCAUCUAAAUGUAUUAAAAUUAAAAUAUCUGUUUAAAACAGAUAUUUAAAUAAGCUGAAUUUAAUAAAUAAACUGUAUUCCGUUAGUGAUUUUUUGUUAGGCCAUUGAUGAUCUAUGAUUUUGUCUAUGGCAAAAAAAAAAAAAAAAAAAAAGACCGUAGUGUUCUGUGGCUUCAGGUUAUAUUUGUUUCUGGCUUUUGUUUUGGUUUCUUUGGGUAUGUUUUUUUGUUUGUUUGUUUUUUGUUUUGCUUUUGUUUUAGUUGUUAUGAUGACAGCUUAUUUAAUUAAAUUGUGUUUAGGAGACAAACCCUAGUCUUGAAAAUGUUUCUACACUUUAAAAUCAAAAUUAAUUGUUCACUUGUAUUAAGUUAAGCACACAGUUAAACGUCAUCAUAAUCAGAGCUCUGGAUUGCAAAUCUACAACUCGGUAUAUUAUAUAGUCUAUCCUGUUGUAAAAUUAUUUGUAAAUUCGAUACUUGUACAAUACGUCUUUCUUAUAUGCUAUAAGAAAGCAUAUAUAAAAGAUAAAGACCCUGCUCUCUCUGCCAUUAUACAUAUGUGUGCUUCCCCCCCCCAAUAAAAUGCAAAAUGUGUUCUUGAUUCACUUUCUGAAGUGUCAAGGGUCACUAGUUUGUAUUGAGAUAAAGCUGUGCUAUAAAAUGUUGUAUUUUGAAAUACAGCAUCAGAAUGAAAUUUAAAAGCUGUCAUCAUAAGCCACUCAUUGUUAAAAAGUAUAAAUCAAAAAAAGAAAAAAAAUCCAACUAUAUAAAUGUGCAUAUUUCCCAGGAUAAGUCAACGAUGUGCAUGUACUUAAACCAGCUGGAAACUGAAUUACAAGUCAAAUAUCAUCUGACGCUUCUUUUUUUUUCUUUUAGUUUUGAAAUAAAAGUCUAUUUCUAUGGAUGAGUUUUCCUAUGGUUGUCAGUUGACAAAGAAUCUUAUGACUGGAUUACAAGUCACUGGAAAAAAAAAAGGGGGGGGGGUUAUGAGUUCUUAUAGCCCUAAACUAAUUGUGCCUGUAUAAUUUAAUAUUUUGUCUAACAUAAAACUGAUUUUUAAAGUAAAAUUUUAAUGGAAUGGUUUUUAUAGAAAGCCUAAUUUUUAGAUUAAAAUUUUAAAGCAAAAAAAAGAAAAGAUUUUUAAGAUAAAGUUUGUUUUAAAGCAAAGCUUUAAAUUAGCUCUUAAGUCCCAUUCUAACGUAUUUUUAUGAUACAAGAAUGUUUUCCUAUCUAAUUUCUUCAGUCUAAUUUUUCACGAUAUUGUACAUAUGAAAAGUAUGGAUUGUUCUGUUUGAGUAAGGUUUAAUGCACAUUCUACUUUGAUUGCUAGUGUGUAUUUGUUUACACUCAAAGAUACUGUUCUCCAUACUCAUUUAUUGCAAGCUUGUUUCUUCAGCACAGAAAUUUCCUUGAAACAUUGAGAGUAAUAAAGUAUAUUGUGGACUACACAAUGACUAACUUUUUUAGCAUCUUUUUUUUGGGUGGCGGGGUACAUAAUAGACCCCUUUAUCUAGGCUUUGAGGUGUUUUACUGUUUUUUUAACAGAAAAAUGUUAUUUAAUUAAAAGUGUAAGUAGCUAUAUAUUUACCUUUAAAAAAAGAUGAACUCUAACAACGUUUAUAGAAGACUUGAGGUCCAAGUUUGAGAAACCGUUCUGUGGUUGACAAUGUAAAAGUGAGACUUAAUGUAUGCUCAGAUUUUAUUUUAUGCAUCUCUUAUGACUGUUUAAAAACCUCUUCUGUGCAUGCUCAGUGACUGCUAGGAAAGAGGGGAGAUUGUGGUAUGAGAGAAGCAAAUGUAGAAUCUAUCUGCCUUGGAAGGAGAGUUAAUGAAAUUAUGUUUAAAAAAAAAAAAAAAAAAAAA